AUGAGCAUCAGCUUCCCUAAAACCGAGGAGGCGACAAUUCAAUUUUGGAAGGCAAUCGAUGCCUUCCAGACACAGCUCCGGCUCACGGAGAAUGGUCCACGCUUCACCUUCUAUGAUGGCCCGCCCUUUGGGCUUCCGCACUAUGGCCAUCUUCUCACAUCCACGAUCAAAGACAUCAUUCCUCGAUACUGGUCCAUGAAAGGCUAUCACGUAGUCCGCCGCUUUGGGUGGGACACGCACGGCCUGCCCGUGGAGCACGAGGUCGACAAGAAGCUGCACGUCUCAGGCCGCGAAGCGGUUAUCAAGAUGGGCAUCGAGCAGUAUAACGCCGAGUGUCGAGCUAUCGUCAUGACGUAUGCGGAGGAAUGGCAGCAGGUCAUCGAGCGCCUGGGGCGCUGGAUCGACUUUGAGAACGACUACAAGUCCAUGGACGUGACCUUUAUGGAGUCCUGCUGGUGGGUUUUCCAGCAGCUACAUGCCAAAGGCGAUGUGUAUCGUGCCUAUCAGAUCAUGCCCUUCUCAACGGCGCUUGGCACGCCGCUGAGCCACAUGGAGGAGAGGCAGAACGAGAAGACCACCGUGGAUCCCGCCGUCGUGGUGUCCUUCCCGCUUCUCGAGGGGUAUGGGCACGAAAACACAUCGCUGCUCGUCUACACAACAACCCCGUGGACCUUGCCGUCGAACCUGCUUAUUGCGGUUAAGCCGUCCUUUGAAUACAUCAAGAUCUUGGACGAAAAAUCAGGGCGCUAUUACAUACUCCUGGAGGGAUGCCUGUCGACACUCUACAAGGAUCCUAAGAAGGCCAAGUAUAAAGUUGUCCACAAAAUAAUGGGAAGUGACAUGGUUGGAUGGCGAUACAAACCCCUCUUCGAAUAUUUCACGAGCACGUUCGCCGACUGUUUUCAAGUGAUCGGUGCAGAGUUCGUCGAAGCCGGUGAAGGUGUAGGACUCGUCCACAUGGCCCCCGCGUUCGGCCAGGAGGACUACGAUGCCGCCAUUGCUGCUGGUUUCAUUUCGAAAGAUCGGCUGCCGCCAUGUCCGGUGGACGACGAAGGGCGUUUUACGCAUGAGGUGGCCGACUAUAAGGGACAGCAUGUGAAGGCCGCAGACAAGGCUAUUAUCAAAGAUUUACGACCGACCGGGCGCCUCGUAGUCGAGACGCAGGUAACGCAUGUGGACAAGUUCUGCCCUAGAUCGCAAACGCAACUUAUUCGCAAGGCCGUCUCAGCUUGGUUUAUCAAAGUGACCAAUUCGACUCCAACCAUGCUCGGCAACCUCGAGGGCACAACGUGGGUGCCAGAAACCGUGAAGGACAAGCGGUUUGCGAACUGGGUGACAAACGCGCACGACUGGAACGUCUCCCGCAAUCGCUACUGGGGCACGCCGAUUCCGCUGUGGGUCAGCGACGACUACGAGGAAGUGGUAUGCGUCGGGAGUCGAGAGGAGCUGAGACGCCUUAGCGGAUAUAACGGGCCGCUCGAUGACAUUCAUAGGGAUAAGGUGGAUCAUAUUACGAUUCCAUCACAGAAGGGGAAAGGUGUUUUGCAUAGGAUUGAUGAGAUUUUUGAUUGCUGGUUCGAGUCCGGGAGCAUGCCAUAUGCCUCGAACCACUAUCCGUUCGAAAACAAAGACCGGUUCCAAGGAGAUCUCUUCCCAGCGGACUUCAUUGCUGAGGGCCUCGACCAGACGCGCGGCUGGUUCUACACCCUGACGGUUCUCGGGAACAAGCUCUUUGGCGUGUCACCGUUCCGAAAUUGCAUCGUCAACGGGCUUGUGCUGGCCGAAGAUGGCAAGAAGAUGUCCAAGAGCUUGAAGAAUUUCCCAGACCCAUCUCAUAUUCUUGACAACUACGGGUCGGAUGCACUUCGCCUCUACCUCAUCAACUCGCCCGUCGUCCGAGGCGAGCCGCUGCGCUUCAACGAGGCUGGAGUCAGAGAAGUCAUAAGUCGCGUACUGCUGCCUCUUUGGAACAGCUACCGUUUCUUCUCGGAGCAGGCCAUCCUAUUUCAAAACACGACAGGGAAGGCUUUUAUUUCCACAUCAUCUGCAAGCGACAAGAUCUUGAAUAUCACAGACCGAUGGAUCCUUGCCGACUGCCAAAGUCUCCUGCGGUUCAUGGACCAAGAAAUGGAAGUUGUUCCACGACUGCUGCAAGUCAUCGAUAACUUGACGAACUGGUACAUUCGCUUCAACCGCAAACGACUUAAAGGCGCAGCUGGCCUGGGCGUGGGAGAUACGACCGCAGCGCUCAACACGCUCUUCCAGGUCCUCUUCACCGUUGUACGCUCUAUGGCUCCGUUCACACCGUUCAUCACGGAGCACAUUUAUGGUCUAUUGAAACCGUAUAUCAGCGACUUUGACGACGGACGCGAAAAUACAGCGAGCGUCCACUUUCUUCCUUUCCCCGUGGUCCAAGAGGCGCUCCUAGAUACCGUGGUGGAGAGGCAGAUGUCUGCCAUGCAGAGAGUCAUCAGACUCGCGAGAACAGCGCGAGAGCGCCUUGGCAUUAGCCUCAAGUCCCCCCUCAAAUCGUUGGUGGUGAUUGGAGAUGCCCAGUUUCUUGCCGACGUUGAUCGGUUACGGUCGUACGUGGCAGAAGAACUCAACGUUCGGGACAUCGUACUCACAGAUGACGAAGAGGAGUACGGCAUUCAUCUCAAGGCGAAAGUGGAUUGGCCAACGCUGGGUAAGAGGCUCAAAAAAGACGUCCAGGUUGUUCGCAAGGCGCUUCCUGGUCUGACGCAGGAGGCACUUCGGACGUACCAGCGCGAGAAGCAUAUCGUGGUUCAGGGGAUACACCUCACAGAAAAUGACUUGAGCAUCGUGUGGGAGAUGCCUGUUGAGAAACAGAAUGCGUCCUCGCCAACAGAUGGCCCCACCUGGGAGCCAUCCUUUGACGAAGAUGUUGUGGUGCUGCUCGAUGGCACAUCCUACCCGGAUCUGCUCGAAGACGGUCUAGCCCGCGAUAUCCUUACGCGGUUUCAGAAGCUCCGGAAAAAGGCCGGCCUGGUCCCUCUCGAUGAUGUUCGCAUGCAAUAUAGCGUUCUGGCCAACCCGGAGGGGGUGGAUGUUACUACUCUGAUCUCAUCUAGGCAGUCCAUGUUCACGAGUUCACUUCGUGGAAAAUUGGAGGAGCGAUCAGGAGAGAACGGGUCUGACGAAGGUCUAAUUGAGGAGGACCAGUCCCUGGGCAAUCUGGUUUUGCGACUUCGCCUCGCCCAGGUUCACACGGAACUUAAUUAG